GUCUAUUUCCGGCAUAACAUCAAAAAUUAUGUGAAAAUUUAAGUUAAAUAUCGCAAUAUCCUUUGAACAAACCUCGUACAUACAACUAUAAUCGCAAUCACAAUUCCCUUGGGCCAUCAUUUUAAUGUGUGAGCUAUGAUUACUUAACAAACAUGUCACAUGGCUGCCGGUAAUGAAUUACCUGUGCACAAAUAGAGCCGAAGUUUAUUUAUUGGCAUAUCCUAGCCGACAUUCAACAGGCAGUCGAUAGCUCAAACAAACAGUCGUGUGCGAGACGCGUGCUGGAUAGCAACAUUUGCGCAGAAAAAAAAACUAAUAUUUAAAUAAAAAAUGAGAAAAAUUGUCAAUAAAAGUUACGAAACCACGAUCGAACUCGCCAACACGCUCCAGCAGCCAGCGGCGGCAACCCGCCUUCAACGCAUACGUCAGUACUUCAUUACACAAGAAGUUUUCGCCACACUCCAGCCGCUCUUCCUGAUCACCUACAUCUACGGUCUGACACCGUUUCGCAUUGUAAAGCGUCGUAACGGUACCAGCGAGAUACGCGCGUCCUGCUUCGGCUUUUGCAACACGGCCGCCUAUGUGACGCUUUACGGCCUUUGCUUUCUCAAUUCACUGUUGAAUGCCGAAUCUGUCGUGGGCUACUUCUUACGCACGAACAUCUCCAAUGCGGGUGAUACACUGCAGAUAUGUAACGGUAUUGUCACCGGUAUUGUCAUCUAUACGACGGCAUUGACCCAGCGUUGUAAGAUGCGGCGUAUAAUUGAGGUGUUCAACGAGUUGGAUUUGAAUUUUGCGAAUAUUGGUGUGCGUGUAAAGUACUCGCGUAUUUACCGUUAUGCAUUGGUGCUGAUCGUUGCGAAAAUACUGAUAAUUGCGAUCUAUUGUGCGGGUGUUUAUUUGCUUUUGCGUUCGGCGCACGUGAAGCCGUCGUUAUGUGUGUGCAUCGCAUUCGUUUUGCAACAUUCGGUGUUGUUCUUGGCAAUUUGCCUCUUUUGUUUUAUAGCCCGUGGCUUUGAGCGCCGUCUGGUCAUACUCAAUAAGGUAGGAUGUGUAUGUUGUGUGUGUGGGUAUUUUAAUUAUACGAGUAUAGAAAAUUAUAGGUUUGGAAGAAAGUGGGUGAGACAAAAGCUUUAUUAUAUCAGUGAGAAAACUUUACGCCAACAUUAACCGCAAAGCAAGCCAUCACCUUUUCGUGACAACUGACAUUCUCCGGAAAGUAAUAGGACUGAAUCGAUUAAAAAAAUUUAUUGAACCAAUCGUUACAAUUCUGGAAGAACUUCCAAAAUAGGCUCCUUCUGCUUC